UCUUCCACAUGAGAAAAUCUCGUUGACUUCAACACUCAAUAAAAUUAUUAACAUAAAAAAAAUGUUGGAAAAUAAUUAAAACAAUAAACAACCUUAAUCCUAUUUGCAUUUCAUACCCGCUUCAUUCUCAAAACCAACAAACUAACCAGAACUCUUCUCUCGGAUAUAUUGAUGAUUUGAUUCAUUUUAUUUUUGUUUUCAAUUAACGACCCACCAACCUAACUUAUUCAAAUUUAUCAUUCAUUGCUGAUUUCAACAGAGAUUUUCUCAAUUAGGGUUUAUAUUUGGUUCAUUAUUGUUCUUAAUUUUAAGCCAAAUUUUCAUCAAUUUUCAAAAUUUCAAGCGACCCAUUUUAAUUCAUGGCGUCAAGUUUUGAUCGGUGGGAAAAAGAUCCAUUUUUUAGUGCUGCCGAAGAAGUUCAGGAAUCUGCAGAUAGGAUGGAAUCUACAUAUAGGACAUGGAUACAUGCCACCAAAGAUACUUCUAGCAUGUGGAACCCUAAUGAACUCCGAAGAGAUUUACUUACUACCCUUGGCACUGCUAAAUGGCAGUUAGAGGAAUUUGAACGCGAGGUUAGGUUAAGUUAUAGCAGAAACUUGGGUGAUGAUGCAAGAACUAGGCAUCGAGAUUUUAUCACUGCUAUUGAGGAGAAGAUAAAAAAAGUUGAGCAUGCGUUAGAUGAAACGAACCCUCCGGGUAGAAAGGCAUCUCAGACAUGGGUGAUUUUGGACGAAGGAGAAAAAGACGAGCUCGCUUUGUUUCUUUCGGGAAUGCCGGCAACUGAAAGCAACAAUCCACGAUUAUAUAAUAAAAAUUCAGUUGCAUCUGGUGUUGGGGAAGAAAAGGAGGAGGUAUCACGUGGGCAUCGUCGGGCAGCUAGUGCUAGUGCUGAUAUUGGUUUUUGGAAAAUUUCAGUUUCUGAUGAUCCGCAGCAGUCUAGUUCCUCUAGCGGUUCUUCUGGUCCAAAUCCAAUGCAUAAAGUGCCAAGUUUAUCAGGAUUUCUUAGUUCCGUGGAAUCAAUUUCGAAAUUGAAGUGGCCGAGGAAUGGUUAUAGAAAACUGAAAACAGUGGAUCAUCAUAAAGAAACUGAUAGUGCACUAAUUCCAAUGGCUGAAUUGAAUAGGGGAAACAAUGCAUGCUACGAAAGAAGUAAAAGUAGCCUCGAUAGUUCUGAUGAAUGCUAUGACAAGCAUCUCUAUGGAUGGUGUGGUGCUAUUCAGAGACAGCUUCAAAGAUCUCAAUACCAAAUGCAAUACAGUCGGCCUGUUCGAAUAAUCGUUUCGAUUGUUUUUCUCCUUUGCUUGAUUGUUUUAAUUACACUUCACACGAGGUAGAAGGAAUGUUUACAAUAUGUGAUAUAUUAUCAACUUGUAGCUUGCUGCAGCAUUAGGAUGAGACAAGUUUUAUAUUCAAGUUCAUAAAACCUAGGUUAGUGUCCUAUUUCUUAACCUAUGUGAUAACUAUAGAAAGUGUACCAUAGAAUUUCCUCAAUUUUUCGUUGUUUGCUGCUCAAAAUAUUUUCAAAGUGCUUUGUUGUAAUACAUAGUAAGGUGAAGUUGGUAAAGGGGGAUUGACUUAUAAAAUGUAGUAAACUUGUAUAUGUACCAUACAUGUCUUUUGCAGCUAGAUUUGUGUAUCUGUUACAAAGCUGUUAAGUUUAGCAUGUACAAAUUGAAGAUGAUGUUUCAUUAUUCUUUC